UUCCUCCUCUUCGAUGAGGUCGGUCGGAUAGUUAGAUGAGUCCUGAGCUUGAGUGCUUCAAUGUUCAACUUGGGUUUCCUGCCCAGCAACACAUUACCUCAUAUUAAUACUGCGUGAAGCAAGAGUCGGAAUCCGCGGUGCCACCAGCUAGUCAUGUCGACUCCGAGUUCAGCCUCACUGCUCCAGUCUAUCAUCACUCUAGAUCAACUUUGGGUCAUCGGGUGCUAUACUGCCCUCUCUGCUACGUGCAUAUGGAUGAUUGACUUCGUCCAGACACUGCCGAUACAGAUUGAAGCCGCUUGGUCGAGAAAGUCAACGGGUAGUGCUGUGAUAUACUUAGUGAACCGGUACACGUUUGGAAUGUCUAUCAUCCUCUCUUUGGUGCCUCUGAGUUCCGGUACUGCCUCGGAUAAAACUUCAAGUUGUAGCAUAUUGUGGUUAAUGAGUUUGUGGCUUGGCAUAAUCGCGAUUUUGGCCAUGAACUUGCUGUUCGCGCUAAGGGUAUAUGCUGUUUGCGGACAAAGCAGAUUGAUUCUGUAUAUAGCUUUAUUAAUGACCAUAGCCAGAUUUGGGGUUGACAUAUGGGAUAUUGCUCCAGUCAGAGCAUAUGCGUAUGUCUCAACCCAAGGGACCCCAUUUGAUCUAUACUCGAUGUGCAUCACACUUGUCAUAGACACACAUGUUUAUAACUCAGCUUCCGUCAUCACUGCGGCCCUACCCCUGGCAUAUGAUACCUUUGUCUUCGGAAUAAUCAUGCUCAAAACUUACCGGCAUGCUGCUGAGAUGCGGAAACAUGGCCAAACAAGCAUCACAGAGGUCCUUCUUCGCGAUGGAGCACUAUAUUUUUUGUAAGUGGAAAUGAUGCGUGUUUGCCUCUGUAUAAUACAAUCUGCGUCUUCAUGCAGCACAGUGACCGCAAUUGGCCUUGCGGACUUUGCGCUUACACUGGUCACUAUACUUGCACCCAACUCAGAAACCGCAGCAUUGGCGUGGAGUAUUAUGCAACCCUACGCGUCAAU